AAAAACCCAGGCGUCAAAAUGACUAGAAUCAGUUUCAAAACAAACAAUAUACAAUGAAGACAUUUCUGUUAAUACUCCUCAGUUUAACUUUGGCGUUUGCACUUCCGACAAAGGAAAAGAAUUUUGUUGACGACGACGAUGAACCCGAAGAUGGAUGGUUUGUUCCUCAAAGCGAUGGCUCGCUCAAAUGGAUGACAGAGGAAGAGGCCCAGUUGGAGAUCCGCGCACUGACUAUGUCCAGGAAAAAAUCCAAAGAAGCCAAGGUACAAUUUUAUUUAUACACUCCAGCAAUUCCUGAAGACCCGCAAGAAUUUUUCAUUGGUGACCUCGAUUCAUUGGUUUGGGCUGGGUUCAAUCCUGGAUAUGAAACAAGAAUAAUCAUUCACGGUUGGCAAAACAACUUUAAGUCCGAUGUUAACACAGAAAUCCGUGAUGCACUCUUGAGUGUUGGCAACUACAACGUGAUUUGUGUCGAUUGGAGUGACAAGGCCGAUAGUUAUAAUUAUAUGUCAGCUAAGAAGGCGAUUCCAGAGAUCGGCCAGAGGAUUGCCUAUUUGAUUGAAUUCCUCCGCGACGAGGGGCUUAUGCGUUCAAAAGAUCUUAAAGUUAUUGGUCAUAGUUUGGGGGCUCAUGUGGCGGGAUAUGCUGGAAAGUUGAUUGAAGGCGAACAAAUUAACUCCAUUAUCGGCUUGGACGUUGCAUACCCCCUCUUUAAAUAUGACAAUUGCGAUGAACGUUUGUGCAGCACCGAUGCCGUUUACGUUGAAUCGAUUCAUACCAAUGGAAAACUAUUGGGCUUUAUCCAACCGAUUGGUCAGGCGGCAUUCUAUCCAAAUGGUGGACGAACUCAGCCGGGCUGUGGACUUGAUAUGAUUGGAACAUGCUCCCAUUCGAGAGCUUAUUUGUAUUAUGCUGAGGCUAUAAGGCAGCAGUUUUUGGGAAUCAAAUGUGAUCACUGGAAAGACGCUGUUGAGAAAGAUUGCAAACUAACUGGUGACCCAUCGAUGGUGGCAUCUUUUGAUGAUGAAUCCAAUCACAUGGUUUUGGAAGGCUCGUUUUAUUCUCCAAUAAACAAGAAACCACCAUAUAGCUUCAAUAAAGGUGCCUGAAUUAUUGUAUAAAUAUAAAAUCAAGAUUAAAAUGGGUUAAUUUCAAAACA